CAAUACGCCUGCGCACGCAAAUCGGGUAGGCACGCAGAUCGGGUAGCGACAUCCACUAUUGCAUCAAAGAAGAAAUAGAAAUACCGCGAGACAACGCGGCGACCAUAUUAAAAACCGGAAGAUAACUGGGUAACGCCGGGCAGAUAAGAAGCAAAGAAAACUAAAAUAAAUAAAGAACACAAACAUAUGGAGACACGGCAUGAAAAAAGUUAAGCCUUUUUUUUCCUCUGACGGCACAAAAAUGAAUAAUACCCGGUCAACAUUUUCAACUUUUGGAGGAGCAGCUCCCAGAGAACCGGCUGGCAACCAGGUUUCUUCUGAAUUAACAGUCAGUGAAGCCCGUGAACUGCUUUACAACGCAGCUUUAUUACUUUCGGAAUUGAAUCAAAUAUGCCUGCUUUUAAAGCAGGACGUUGAGAGCGAAAAAGGCUGGCCUGAGUUAUUUGCCAAGGCAAUGAUCGUUAAAAAACAACUUCAGGAAAAAUUACACCGUUUGGAGGAUCCACAUAUUUUGGAGAAAGUGAAAAAAAAGCUAACAUCGGUCGGAAAGAAGAGAGAAAGGGUACGGAGGAAAAAAACAACGCGCCUACUUGAAAAAGAGGAACAGGAAUUUAGGAUGGCUGAGAUAGACGAAAGAAUUAACAAGUGGAGAAAUCAGCGGGUUCAGAUUGUUGAGGAGAAAAAACGGGAGCAAGAGCUGAAAGCUGCAGCAGAUAGUGUCCUCUCUGAAGUGAGGAAAAAGCAGGUGGAUAUUAAAAGAAUGGUGGAUAUUCUUAAAUCAUUGGAGAAGCUUCGCAGACUGAGAAAGGAAGCGGCAAGCAGGAAAGGAGUGUACCCUGAAUGUUCAGCAAAUGAACUGUUUGAGGAGCAGAUUUUAAACCUCAGAAAUGUGUUUGAAAAGCGAACUGCCUUGUAUAAUGCAGAAGAAAAAGCUUUGCGUGUUAUGUUAGAGAGUGAGCGUGAAGAGGAACGGAAACGUGACUUGGAGAGAAAGCUGAAAAAAGAAAAGGACAGACAACUACAUAAAAAAAGAGAAUUUGAAUCUGCUUUUUUUGGAGAUUCAGCUGAAAUUUCACCAAAUCAUCCACUGUAUCCUUUUAGACAAUAUUAUUUGCAAGGAGAGCAUUCAUUAUCGGCACUAGUAAAAAUUCGGAAAGAUUGGGAUUGCUACUUAACCCCUGCAGAGCAUCCAAGUGGAAGCAGCAUUCCCAGAGAUUGGGUUUUUCCAUCAUUUCCUUCAAGUGACAUCUGGGCCUCUGCAAUUGAAAAACAGAUUAGUUUUUUCUCUCAAGACAAUACGGAUAGACUUGGAAGCUAACUUGUCAAACUAUUCAAAUGGAGAAAAUUGUCUUGUAGCAAAUAAAAAAUAAACACACACACCCUUGUGACAGUUGUUUUUUGACAAGGCAGAAAUAAAAUGCACACAUAUAUUAGCCAAUUACCAAUUUGUUUUUUCACUUACAGUUACUGCAAUCAUUAGGUUGAAUUAAUUUAAUGAGCUGUUAACUGUGAUACAUUUCUACUGUUUGUUACAAUUGUUUUAUCCUUUUUUGAGAGGGUCUACAUCAACAUGGUACACAACAGUAGAAAAUUAUUUUACAUGGGAUUUUAGAUUUUGGCUCAGAGACUUAAUAAUGGAUGAUGGCAGCUGAGAUAUUUUGACUUCAGACAAGAUGAGAUUUUCCUUCAACAUCUCAUGGUUUCAUCCAAAAUGUACUUUUGUUUUCUUUGUUUAUUUCAUGGAUAUGCAGCUCUAUCCAAUAGUUUGGCUUGCUUCUCCUGAUGCAACAUUCUUCAUGUCAUGCAUGCUUACAAGAGCCUGAGCUGAAAACAUACAUAAAUUCAUUAUUAGUAUUUACUUUCUACAAUGAUCAUUUGACAUAUACUUAAAUUAACAAUAGGACACGAGGGUCUUAAAUGAAUACUUAUGUUAGUGUAAUUCAGAAUGAUCACUGAAAAUCAUUUUUCUUCUAAAUUUAGGGACAUAUGGAACAUUAACUUCAUAUGAAAUUGCAUUGAGGAUUUGCAAAAUUUAAGAUAAUGCUAUAUAUUCAUUAUAAAAUUUUAUAUGGAGCUAAACACAUUUUUUUAAAAGAAAAGUUGGAUUAAGGUAGUUUUACUUAAUGUAGAUUUGACAUACAUGACUGCUAUUUCUUCUUGACUUAGAUAUUUUUUUAUAGAUUGGACAGCUGUUUAUAUGAUAUUCAGUGUUUUGGCAAAAAAACGCAUUAUAGUAGACAAAACCUGAAUCCUUGGACUAAAAAAGUUUUCCAGUAUGGAAACAAUGUAAUUAAUACAUUUAUAUUUCAAGAAAUGUCACAAAAAAUUCUUAUUUACAAAAAAGUUCUUUUAAAAAUACGUAGGUACUGUAUUAAAAUCUAUUUGAAAAAAUGUCUACUAACAGCAUUUGGAUCACAAGACUUGUUGAUACUUAAUGGUGUUCUAAUAAAAACAUAACUUUUUUAUCAUUGUAUGUAAUCAGUUAUACAUUUGAAACACUUCAGAACAUAUUUGCUACACUGUAAUAUGUUUCAUUUUUUUGUAUGUAAGACGUGCUUGCAUUUGAGAUGCCAGUCUAAACGAUUUGUGUAGUGUAAGAUUUUUUAAAUCAUUAAAUGCAUUCUAAUUCACAAAAAAAUAUUCUUAAGUUUUGUAAGGAAAUUGCAGUUUGUUUUAAAGCACUUUUGAUAUUACACCUACUCAAAAAGCUUAUCUAGAGCAUUAGAACACUUAAACAAUUUUGACAAGAACAGGCCAUUCAGCUGAACAUGCUUGCCAAUCCAGUUCACUUGUUUUCUUCAAAAUAACAUUAAGUUGAGUUUUCAAAGUCUGUCUACCCUGCCACUCUACUUGGUAAAUUAUUUCAGUUUUCUGUGAUGCUUUGUGUGAAAAGAAAUUUAAUAUGUACCUCUGACACAUUUCAUCUUUGUCCCUGUGCUGUGGCUGAAGAAUUUAUUUUAAAGUAGCAGCAUCCACGGUACUAAUUUUUUCAUCAUACUUUUAAACAGUUCAAAAGUUCAUACAUUUUUUUUGUUAAAGACAAAGUGAUUAUUAUAAGACAAAGAAACCAAACCAGCCUAUUCUCCUCUAUCAUGGCUUGGGGCCAAAAGGUAGGGUUACAGAAUCACAAUCAUACCCCACUAGCAAGUUGCAAAAAGAGUAUCAGCUAACAGAAAAUAUUGUUAGGAGUCUAGAACAAAACAGGGUUGAAACAGUUUGGCAGCAGUAGUUCACAUUUCAGUUAAAUUGCUGGAUGUAACAUUAUCUGUUAGAUCAUUCAAAGUGGAUUAAGAUAUAGAAGUUAAGACUCCUAAUUGUCUACAGUAAGAAAACCAGGGGCCCUUUAACAGGAGGCUAGAAUUAACUUGGCUGCUAGAGUACCAAGACAUAAUAAUUUACUCUGUAGGUUUUUUAAGUAUAGAAAAGUAUAAAAGAAGGAUGACUUAAAGAAAGAAACCAGCACCGCUGAAUGUAAAUUACUCAAUAAUGGAGGUCAGUUUCCUUGAUACCACCAUUCACCAUUCUGACUUUUUGCAAACCAAUAGAUAGAUUGACAUACCUGAAAAGUGAUGGUUUCCAUCCAAAACAUCCAUUUUCAAGUUACAAUCAUAUUUGCACAGACAGGGUAAACAAUUGUAGGAGCAAUUUCAUUUGACAAGUAUAUAUAGUACUCCCAAAACAAUGGACACUCAGAUCAGAAGAGAUACUGCCAUACCCAGACUAACCUAAACUGAAUCCCUCUUCUUGUCACCUCUAAUACACAUUUGGAAGUACUUUGCAAAAUUACUAGUAAGGAUGACAAGCUGAACUGUAUUCCCUAAACUUACCCUCCUGGCGCACAGACAAGCACGAAUUGCUUUAAGCAUCCUGAGUGAACCAAUAGAAAAUGGUACAUCUCCCUCCCUACAGAAAAGAUGUGAAACCAGUGCUGACAUUUACUCUACAGAUCGAUUUGUUCUACCACACUGCCAACAAGAACAUUGUAUUAAGGGAUAAUUUCCUUCAAAUUGUCUAAAGUGGUCCGCCUAAUUCUGUGGAUGAAACAGUGGACCCCAUGUGGGAGAAACUAGACAAACACUCCACCAAAGAAAGAAUUUAUACAGAUCUCACAUUAAGCUGGCAACAGAGAUGUCCCUGUAGGAGCUCACUUCAACAGCAAUGGAAACUGUAAGACUGAUUUUAAAGUCACAGUGCUUAUGGUCAACAUCAUGACACAACAGAAAGGAAAGGAAUGGGAAGUUAAAUGGAUUCUAAAAAUUUCACACAUUACACCAUGGUUUGAAUAGAGACAAGAGUUUUAUGACUAGAUAUGAGGACCAUUUACAUCACUCUGACUGACCCAAGAGAUUUGAUUCACAGAUUCACACAGUAAGCAAAACUUCUCAAAAAAAGACUUUGAACAAUUGUCUUAUUAGUAGAUCUUGAUAAUACAUUGUUGUUCUCUCCUGCUAAAUGGACCAUAGGUUGGAUAGAUCUGUUAUUAUUUGACAUUAAAGAUGUCUCAUACA